AUGAGGGUAUGGGAGUCCGUGACAAUCGGGUUGUUCCUGCUGACCAUUGUGCACUCGAGCCCCCUUUCCAGAAACCGCCGUCGGUCUGCCUCGAGGAGAGCGCGCGCUGCUGCCACAGACGGUCUCCUCGACUCCCCGGUCGAGCCGUACCAUUCACCGACUCAGUCAUCAACACACGAAAACACGGAGACAACAGAGAGAGAGGAGAUGUCGGAAACGAAAGAAUUCAACAUGGCCGACCUUCAUCCUGACCAGUUUGAGGAUGUGGUGGACUUCAUCAGAGUGACCAUCAGCAGGAUCCGGAGGACCUCUGGCCCCGGAGCGCUGAGGGAGAGGAAGAAGGAGGGAGGGGGAGGAGGAGGAAGAGGACGAGGGGGAGGAGGAGGAGAGGUCAGACAGAACCCCAAGGGAGGGAGGAGGGGGGGAGGAGGCGGGGGGAGGAGAGGAGGGGGCUGUGUUCUGAAGCAGAUCCACAUGAACGUGUCUGACCUGGGUCUGGGGUUCCAGACCAGCGAGGAGAUGAUCUUCAGGUACUGCAGCGGCCCCUGCCGCAACUCAGAAACAAACUACGACAAGAUCCUCAGCAACCUAUCACACAGCAGGAAGCUGCCGCAAAACACGGCCCCUCACGCCUGCUGCCGGCCAAUCGCGUUCGACGAUGAUCUCUCCUUCCUGGACGACAACUUGAUCUACCACACCAUGAAGAGACACUCAGCCAGGAAGUGUGGAUGCGUGUGACUUCCUGUGUGGAUGUGGAAGACUUCCUGUGUGGAUGUGGAAGACUUCCUGUGUGGAUGCGUGUGACUUCCUUUGUGGAUGUGGAAGACUUCCUGUGUGGAUGCGUGUGACUUCCUUUGUGGAUGUGGAAGACUUCCUGUGUGGAUGCGUGUGACUUCCUGUGUGGAUGUGGAAGACUUCCUGUGUGGAUGCGUGUGACUUCCUUUGUGGAUGUGGAAGACUUCCUGUGUGGAUGCGUGUGACUUCCUUUGUGGAUGUGCAAGACUUCCUGUGUGACAUCAGGGGCAAAAGAGAACGUUGCAGAGGUGGUUCCGUGAUCAGAGCCCAACUCUCUGGCAGGGAUUUUCUACAUGAGAACCAGGGUUCAAAUCCCCUUGUGGAUUCAUGCAAGCUUUAAAGUGGGGUGGAUUUGGGUAAAGUGUCCCUAUAAGAGGGGGGCGACCCAGGGAUCGAAUCCCCCUCUUUGCUGCGACAGGAGAACAUGUGACCUCUUGACUUGCAGUCAAGUGCUAUCUAUGUAAACUAGACACAUUUUAUACACAUAAUAUUUAUAGACUUAAUUAUUAUUAUGACGUAUUAACUUAUUGAUAUUUAUUUUCUGUUUUUGUAUUACAGAUGAAUGUCUAUGUGGGUAUUUAUUGUUAU